AUGAAGUUCUUCACCGUCCUUGCCCUUGCCGUCCUCCCACUCGCCUUCGCAUCCCCAAUUGAGAUCCCAGAGGCCCUCCAAAAGCGUGACUGCAACUACAACGCCAUCACCGCCUGCUCCAGCGGUUGCGGCAGCACUGCCACCGCCGCCUGCAAGAGCUGCAAUAACAAUCCCAGCUGUUUCACCGCCUGCUACAACGCUAGACUAUCCCAAUGCAAGAACUGCUGUGCUAGCAAAUGCACUCGUUGUUAA